AUGGGCCCUAGAAUACUCUUGAUUAUUCAAACGUUGACAUUUCUACUGCAACUCACCCAAACAAGCAUCAUACCGAGACAAGACAAAUUAUGUACCAUCAAUUAUGACGAAAAUGAAUCUCAAAAAUACAUUGCAUUCUACAAAGAUAUAAUGAAAAAACCACCACCAAAAUUAUUAUCAAGACUUGGGAUAAGGACAUUAUUAUAUUCUGGAUUUAAGUUUCAAAAAUAUUAUGAAAUUUCAAUGAUACCACCAAUUUUCGAUAGUUAUUUGAAGAUGACUUAUUGUCUUAAUGGACAGAUUCAAUGGGAACGAUUAAUACCUUUAAGGGACGAUAUUGAUUGGGACACACCGAUUUGUGUUAACUGUAUGACUGAAAUGGAGGGGAACUUUACUAUGACAGGUUUGCAAUGUUUCAAGUUGGCAAGAAGGAAGAAAUAUGUAAGAAGGGAAUUUUCAUUAUUUUUCCCUGGAUCUUGGGUUGGUGGGAUCUUUUAUUGUCAAUUUGAAACUGAUUUUGAAAGGCAAGAAGCAUUAAAAUCUUUAAAAAAGAAUACAAGGAAGUUUCAAUUGGGGGAGGAAAAUAUGGAGGGUGGGGGACGAAUAUGUAAGAGAAAUAAUUCGAUACCAUUGAUGCCUAUUUAUUCAGAUGAUUAUGGUAACGACUGGUUCGAGUUUGAAAAAGUGGGGACUAAGUUAAGAAAUUUAAAAUUGAGAAAAUUUGUCCCAUAUUUAAAUACUCCAAAUAUCCCUGUUGAAAUAUUGAAUUCGUUUUUCCAAAAUGUUACCAAGAAUACUAAUCAAUCGAAAACUAUUACUAAAUGGGAGAGGAAAGGAAUAAAUGAAAAACUUAUUGAAUAUUGGAAAUAUUUUAAUAAUAUUGAAUUUGAACCAUGGUAUAAUGAAAUUGAUGUGGAGGAAAAUUAUGAUUUAACGUUACAAGAUUAUUCAAUAUUAAGAAAGAUAAUGGAUAAAGCUAUAAAUAAAUUUGCUUCUAUCACCUCUCUACCACAAAUGGCAAUGAAAAAAGUUUUCUCUAGUUUGGAAGAUGAUAUUGAUAUGAAGGGCAAAAUCACAGUAAUAAAACCAAAAUUUCGUCGUAGGUUAUUUAAGAAAAUGAAGAAAUUCAUUUGGAGACAUUUAUCUAUCAUUGAUAAACGAACAAUGUUAAUACAUGGUAAUAUUGACAAAUUUAAAGAUAUUCAGAAAGAAUGGGACAAUGUGAAUAUUACGAAAGAAAGAUACGAGUAUAUAUAA